AUGGGAUCUUCUCAGAGAGGCACAGUCUAUCACUUGGUCAAGACAAAUAAAACUGGGUCCAAAGUAGCCGUUGCAACGCACAAAGGGGCUGAGGUUAGUAGCGCAGCCCCUCACCGGGGACACGGGUCCUCUGUUACUUCACACCAUCGAAGCAUUGCCAACUCCCUGACUUCUCCUCCUAGUCGAAAGUCAGAGGCUGGGCAGCACACCACAACCGACUAUGCUCGCUCCUUCUCCCCCCCAUCUGGGCCGAGUGUCAGGGCAUCUGUCCCCCGGGGCAUCGAGAGCCAGAGCCGGACAAGAUCUGAGGCGUCCCGCCAAAGCUCUUCUCCCCAGAAAGGCCAGCGCACCCAGUCCAUUUCCCACAAUGUCACCUUACAUCGGAGUGUGAAUGCACCGCGGGAGGAGGCCACACUCCGAGCUGCGGGGCAUGAGAGCAGCCAGCGCUCCUGGCUCCCCACAGACGACAGAGCCAAUCGCCGGUUGAGUUUUGUAGACGAGAAGGAUACCUUAGAAGGCUUGCAAGAGGAAGAGCGACCGUCCAAGGUCCAGAACCCACAAGGGGUCAGAGUACCUCGGAGGGUUUCUCUUUAUCCAAAGGACGAAGCCGUCCAAACUGACCUCCCUCGGCGAAUAGCUCCCACAGAUGCCAGACCUCCGGAACAUGGCAGCUCCCGGGCCUCUGUGGAGCCCCGGGCAGCCCAGAGAAGAACGCCCGGCCCAGAGAUUGAUGUGGAUGCCCAGACAGCCUGCUACUCAGCAGCCAAGGCCUUACAAAAGAAUGCGAAAAUGGAAUCAUCCCUCAAACUUUCUAUGCUUAGAGAGUCGGGUGCUGGGCACCGUAGGCGGACAGAGGUCGAGCCCACUCUGAAGAAUGCCAAUGCCAUCUACACCGAACCCAAGGCCACCACAAAGCUCACGUUGUCAUCAGAGGUGGAGUCGAACCCCAAGCCCGCCGCCAGAGAAGGCGAGCUCAGCCGCAGGGUCACUAUCUCCAAAGCGCCACAGCGCCUAGUAGCUCGGCCCGUGGCUCUCGAGAGCUCCGGCAGAUCUUCUACCUUUCUGACCCCAGAGCCUAUCUGUAAGCCUCACACCCAGAGGACCCCAGAAACGGUCCACACGGCCGCAGCACCCUCCCGAAAGCCUUGUGUUCAUAUGGAACUGGGACUGACCCCUAGGCCCUUGCCCCCUCGAUCCUUACCCAGGUACGGGCCUGACUCUUCGUGGUGGCCCUUGCUCAAUCCUGACUUUGAAAUGCCCUCCAGCCGGCCAGUGACACCUGAUUUUGAGCCUCUGUCCCCGGCUCCUCUGGAGUCUCUAUUGUCCUUUUUUGAAAAGGACUCAAGUCCUUUCACUGAAGAUGUGCUCUUCUCCAGAGAGGUGGCAAGUCCACCCCAGCCACCAGCUCCAGAGGCCUCUCCGUCACCACCACCACCAUCACCACCACCAGUCGCUGCCACCAAACGGUCUUCAGCUGGCCUACCCUUGAGGGACGAGCUGCAGGCCCCCAAGCGCACCGCCCCACAACCCAUUCAAAGUUUUAGUGCUUUCUUUUUGGAUGUCUCUGAGGAGAUGUACAAUCGUGUCAUCUGGUGGCUAAAAGGUCUGUGCUCGUCUCUCUCCUGGGUCCGCUGUGGGAGCCUGGCGCGGGCAGGCCGGGGUGGUGGGCGGUUCUGUGUCUAUAGGGUCUGUUAG